AUGCUGCAUCUUCAGAUUUUCCCCCGGGUGCUCUCCUGUGCUGUUCUGCUGCUCCUGCUCGUGGCCGUGCUGAGCAGAGGCAGGAGGUGCAGCAUCGCCAAAAUCCUCCGGCAGUACCGUGCCGUCAUCUUCCAUGAGAUCCAGAACCUGAGAAACCUGACUGGGUCUGUGUACAGGAGCGGGAGGGCUGGGCCCGCUUGUCGUUCGGACAAGGACCAGAAGAUCCUGCUGUCCAUCUACAACAUCAGCAUGUCCCUGCGGGAGGUGGGGGCUGGCACCCUGCAGGGCCCCGAGGAGCUGGCGGUCUGGAGGGUGGCCAGGAACACCAACUUUGUUCUCCGGGAGAACUGCAGGAAAAUCAGCAAGAGCCCCCCGCACAGCGCCCCGGCACAGCCCCGGCGCGGGGCACCCGGCAGCAGGAGGAAGCGGCUGCGGGAGAUCGGCAGGAAGGCGGAGAGGCUGGCGACCUGCUGGGAGAAGCUCAAUGCCCUGCACGCACCCCGCCGGGAGCCCUGGGACUCGUAG